AUGGCGGCGGCGGCAAAGCCUAAGGGUGGUAAAUUAUGCUCUAUCUGCAACGAGAGACGCGCCGCCCUCAAGCGCCCCAAAACCCUUGAACAAAUAUGCAGGGAGUGUUUUUACUCGGUGUUUGAAGAUGAAAUACACAACGUGAUCGUAGAGAACCAACUUUUCAAGCCCGGGGAGCGUAUCGCAAUCGGAGCUUCUGGAGGAAAAGAUUCCACGGUGCUUGCUUAUGUAUUGUCAGAAUUGAAUCGUAGGCAUAAUUAUGGCUUGGAUCUCUUCCUCCUUUCUGUUGAUGAAGGAAUAACUGGUUAUAGGGACGAUUCACUUGAAACUGUUAAAAGAAAUGAAAUCCAGUAUGGACUUCCUCUGAAAGUUGUUUCUUAUAAAGAAUUGUAUGGAUGGACAAUGGAUGAGAUAGUGAAGUUGAUAGGUUUGAAGAAUAAUUGCACAUUCUGUGGUGUAUUUCGUCGCCAGGCCCUUGAUCGAGGUGCUGCACUGUUGAAAGUAGACAAGCUAGUUACUGGACACAAUGCGGAUGAUAUUGCUGAAACGGUCCUCUUGAACAUAUUACGAGGUGACAUUGCUAGGCUGGAUUACUUCUCUACUGAAUGCAUAUACUCCCCAAAUGCGUACCGUGGAUUUGCUCGGGAGUUCAUUAAAGAUUUGGAGAGGAUGAGACCCAGAGCUAUACUCGACAUUAUCAAAUCAGGUGAGGAUUUCAGGAUCUCUGCUUCUACAAAAAUGCCAGAACAGGGAAAUUGUGAAAGAUGUGGUUACAUUUCAAGCCAGAAAUGGUGUAAGGCAUGUGUUUUGCUGGAGGGUCUGAAUCGAGGUUUACCCAAGCUGGCAAACAAUGUGGAACACUGGACUUCUGAUGUAAGAACGGCAAAUCUCCAUUGUCUACUGGAAGUUUCCCUCUUAGAAAAUCAUUGUCGUAUAUUUGGAUUCCGCGUUUACUUCUCAGCUUCUGUCCCCAUGGCGAUAGAAAGUCUUUUUAAAGAUGAGGCUACAGAAGAAAAGGGUGAGAGGGCAAGAAUGGCUUCCUUUAUUGGAGCAAUGGCAAUUGCUGACUUAGUGAAGACAACAUUGGGGCCGAAGGGGAUGGAUAAAAUUUUACAAUCAACUGGCAGAGGGCACAGUGUUACAGUUACAAAUGAUGGUGCUACCAUCCUAAAGUCCCUCCAUAUUGACAACCCUGCUGCCAAAGUCCUUGUGGACAUCUCAAAAGUCCAAGAUGAUGAAGUUGGCGAUGGAACAACUUCAGUUGUUGUCUUGGCUGGGGAGCUUUUGAGGGAGGCGGAGAAGCUGGUAAACUCAAAGAUUCAUCCGAUGACAAUUAUUGCAGGAUAUCGUAUGGCAGCUGAAGCUGCUAGGAACGCUUUGCUGGCAAGGGUUAUGGAUAAUAAGCAGGAUGCUGAGAAAUUCAAAGAAGACUUGGUAAAGAUAGCAAUGACCACUUUGAGUUCCAAAAUUCUAUCACAGGACAAAGAACAUUUUGCAACACUAGCUGUUGAUGCAGUUAUGAGGCUAAAGGGCAGCACAAACCUGGAGUCAAUUCAGAUCAUUAAGAAACCCGGAGGUUCAUUGAAAGAUUCAUUUUUAGAUGAGGGAUUUAUUUUAGACAAGAAAAUCGGUGUUGGCCAACCAAAACGGAUUGAAAAUGCAAAGAUCUUGGUGGCAAAUACUGCCAUGGAUACGGAUAAAGUGAAAAUUUAUGGGGCACGGGUUCGUGUUGAUUCAAUGGCUAAGGUUGCUGAAAUUGAAGGGGCUGAAAAGGAAAAGAUGAGGGAGAAGGUGCAAAAGAUUAUUAACCAUGGGAUCAAUUGUUUUGUUAAUCGACAGUUGAUUUACAAUUUCCCUGAAGAACUAUUUGCUGAUGCUGGAGUACUUGCAAUAGAGCAUGCUGAUUUUGAUGGUAUUGAGAGGCUGGCUCUUGUUACUGGUGGUGAGAUUGCAUCUACUUUUGAUAAUCCGGAGUCCGUUAAGCUUGGGCACUGCAGGCUCAUUGAGGAAAUUAUGAUUGUUAAGCUUGGGCACUGCAGGCUCAUUGAGGAAAUUAUGAUUGGUGAGGACAAGCUGAUCCACUUUUCUGGGGUUGAAAUGGGUCAGGCAUGUACUAUUGUCUUGAGAGGGGCAAGCCCUCAUAUGUUGGAUGAAGCGGAAAGAUCUCUGCAUGAUGCCUUGUGUGUGCUAUCUCAAACUGUUAAUGACAGCAGGGUAUUGCUUGGAGGUGGAUGGCCUGAGAUGGUGAUGGCAAAGGCAGUUGAUGAACUGGCUAGGAGGACUCCUGGCAAAAGAUCUCAUGCCAUUGAAGCUUUCUCACGGGCACUUGUGGCCAUUCCAACUACCAUUGCAGACAAUGCGGGUUUGGACAGUGCUGAGAUGAUUGCUCAACUUCGUGCGGAACACCAAAAUGAGGAAAGCUCUGCAGGGAUUGAUGUCAUCUCUGGAUCGGUUGGCAAUAUGGCAGAUCUGGGGAUAUCCGAGGCAUUCAAAGUGAAGCAGGCUGUAUUGCUCUCCGCAACUGAAGCUGCUGAAAUGAUUUUAAGGGUUGAUGAAAUCAUCACCUGUGCCCCACGGCAGAGAGAAGACAGAAUGUGA